AAUAUACGAAUUAAAAAUGGAAAGUGCAGCAGCAUAUAUUCUACAAAGAGCAGUAGAAAAAGACAAAAGUGAACAGUAUACAAUGGCUAAAGCUCUUUAUGAAGAAGGUGCAGCUAUUCUUUUACAGUCAGCAAAAGAUCAAAAAGAUAAGAGAACAAAAAACCAUUAUCUUGCUAAAGCAUCUGAAUACAUAGAUAGAGCAGAGCGCAUAAAAGCUCUUAUUCAAGAACAAAAAUUAUCUGGAACAUACAAAGAAAGUACAAAAAUUGAAAGUGGUGCUGUUGGAUAUGGCUAUAAUUCUGUAUUUGGUAGAUUCUUAGAUGCAGCUGUCACACAAAUUAAAGUUGAAGAUCCUUACAUCAGAGCUUUUCAUCAGUGUCAAAAUUUCUUAAGGUUUUGUGAGCUGGCAGUGCAAAAAUGUCGUUCGUUGUCGAAAAUUACAUUGAUAACAACAAGUGAUCCAGAUAAAUUUAAUCAAAUGGCAAGACUGGAUGAGUUGAAAAAAAGUUUAGCUAGUCAUUUAGUUACUUUAGAAGUAUCAUAUUCAGACACUCUUCAUGAUAGACAAAUUAUUUUAAGUACUGGAUGGGUGAUAAAAAUUGGAAGAGGAUUAGACUACUUCAGACCUCCUGAAGGUAAAAUGGUAUUAGGCUACAGCGAUCUAGAAUUGCGUCCUUGUUUAGAAACUACUGUUGAUAUUUAUCAUAAGCCUAAUGCAGAAAGUUAAAAAUAGAUGAUUUAAAUGUAUUAUACUGUUAAUUUUAUAUAAUAUACUGUAUA